GUUCACUUCUCUUUGUACCUCUUUCUUCUCUUCGCUCUAAUAAUCACACAGUCUUUCUUCAAAAGCCAUUUUCCCGCGUAAAAAUCAUAAACACUUCCUUCGAAAUCAACCUUAUUGAAACGACUCUGCUUUGUAUCUCUAAAAAAGAAACGAACUCGUCCACCUCCACACAACCCUUACACUUUUUUUUGUCUUCCAGUAAAUUAAUAAAAAAAGACAGUCAUGACUAAAGAGGAAACUGCAACAACUCAGGUCGAAGCGACCGAGGCUGCCGAGGCUACCGCCGUUGCCAAGUCUAAUGCUUCUGCCACAAAGUCUGAAGAAGAGGAGGAUAUUGAUAUCGAGGGUGGAUACCUUCAAAAGCGUGGCACGAACCCUCUGCAUCCUUGGAACAAGCGUUUCUUUGCUUUUGGAACUGAGCCUGUCAGUCUCGAUAACCUCAAGACUGUUCAUAAGCGCAACGAACGUCGCGUCAAGAAGGUGCCUGCACCCGCACCAGCAGCCGAGGCUCCUUCAGAGGUCGCAGCAGGGAAGGCUCCUGUAAAGGAAGGCAAGGAUGCUGAGGAGACGUCUAAAGAUGUUGUCGCUGCCACCUCCACUCCCCCUCCAAAGACUGUCGAGGAAGUGUACGAAGAAGCAAACAGGGAUCUUCUUGUCAAUGUGGCCCAAGCCAACACAAAGGGAACAGGGCUGCUGUACUACCACAAAUCAGAUGAUGAACUUCAUCGUCAGAACAUCCUCGGUAUUAUCAACUUGAGGGAUGUCAACUCUGUCGAACGUGUUGAAAAGUCGAGCAAGAACCGAUCAUUUGUAGUCAGCACCAAGAACCGCGACUAUCACUUCUCCGCAGAAUCACCUCAAAAGGCAAAGGGGUGGGUCAAGGCCAUCAAAGAAAAGGCGGACGAGGCCAAGUCAGAGCCAGAUCCUUACGCCAGCCCUCAGUUCCAGGAGGUUUACAAGAAGUUGGUCACCAGAGAGGCAUUUGAGCAUGCCAAGAACUCUGCUGCCAUUCUUUCAGAUAAUGAGAUCAAUUCGGACGGUGAGCCAGAUGACAUUGAGAUUGAGAAUGGCACUCCAAUUGUCAAGAAGCGCAAGUCUUUCUUUGGUUUCUCUGCUGUUGCUACCAGCCACGAAAAGAAGAAGGCGGAUGGCGUCACGAGUGAGUUGAAGACCGAGAAGAAGCAGGAGCUUACACAUGUCCAGGAAGGCGAGGUUGACGCACUCAAGACUCACGAGUCCGAAAAUGCAGUCUCCCAUACCACAGAUGCUGUUGCUGCUCCAGCUGAGCCUCCCAAGUCUCCCAAGGCCAAGAGCGGAGGAUUCAAGCUUUUUGGAAAGAAGUCCCCUAAGACUGAAGAGCCACCAGCCGCCCCUGCUCCAGUUGAAAAUCCCUUGGACGUAGACGAAGCUAAGGCCCAGGCGCUGAAGGCUGUGGAUGAUGCUGUGGAGGCCAGUAAGGCUAAGGCUGCUGAGGCAAAGGCCGACAAGCCCGCAACCCCACCAGCGCCCGAGAAGAAGCCAAGCUUCUUUGCUGGCCUCUUCCAAAAGAAGCCUGCUCCCCCACCUCCCGCACCUGUGGUCCCCACUGAAGAGACUGUUGUAGUGUCAUCUGAGAAGAACUUGUCGGAAGUCGUCACUGCUGAGGGCGCAGUGACCUCGCAGUCUUCUGGAGGCUUUUUCUCGCGCGUGACCAAGAGUAAGGACAAGAACGAGGUCGAGGUCAAGUCUGGAGAAGUUUCAACCGAGGAUGUCAUCAACGCAGAAGGAUCCACACAUGUGGAACAUGUCGAGGGCACUGACGCUAGCGUUGCCAAGAACGCCGACGGUGAACAGAAGGUGGAUCUUUCUACAACUGACGAGACCAUUACUACGGCUGAUAAAACCGAGAAGAUCGAGCGCAAGCCAUCGCUUCUCAAGAGGCUCAGUGGAGCAGUGCGAGCUACCAUUACCACAGCUGCAGGUGCGGAGGAAUCUGUUGCCGCCCCAACUGAGAAGACCGUUGAGGAAGAGACUGAAGCUGAGGCUGAGGCUGCACAGGAAGAAGCUGUUGAGGAAACUAAGGUGGCCGAGGCCGCCAAGCCCAUCGAGGUCGCAGCUUAAGUUGUAUGCCCUUCUAUCAUUCGCUUUGUAUAUUCUGAACAUAUCCCUAUUUACUACCAACAGAAAAAGAGAAAGGAAAAGAAAAGAAAAGAAAGGAAAGACGAAGAAG